AUGAUGUCUCUGCUUCUAAGCCGGCUCUCGAAGCUCAGCCCUGGAAAAUCUUCGUUGGUGAGAAGAUCAUCAUCUCCUCUUCUUCUUCUCUCUAAUGGCUUCUCAUCUUCCCCGCUGCAAACCCCUCCUUGCGCCGUCAGCAGUGCUAGUCCUUGUGGAGAUGGUCUCGGAAAACUCGGAAUUACAUAUGCUGAUGGAAAAAGCUCCAACAGUUUCGAGAAGAAGGUGCCUAUGGAGUUGAUCGACAGUGAUCCAAUGAUAACGAUCGGUGCAUCUCACGGCUGGAUAGCUACUUUGAAAGAAGACGGCAUAUUGCGUCUCCAAGACGAUUUCAACCCGGUUGCUUCGGAUACACACCCGAAACGCAUCCCUCUGCCUCCUCUUGUAACUCUGCCUCACUGCCAAACCCAAAUCGUCACCAACGUGUCAAUGUCCUCAUCUUCUCCCGAGGAUCAAGACUGUGUCGUGGCGGUCAAGUUCUUGGGACCUCAGCUCAGCUUUUGCAGACCAGCAGCUCAAGGCAACCCCGAGUGGAUCAACGUGAGGAUCUCAAGCCCAUGCUUCUUCUCUUCCCGAGUCAUGUUCUCCAAGAAAGACGAGAUCUUUCGCAUGCCCGGAUCCGGAGGCCAGCUCAUCGGAUCAUUGGAUAUCCACACACAGAAGAAGAAGAGGCACAAACUCAAGAUUCAGAAGCUCCGCUUCCAAAACCUUCCCGAGCUGAGCAAGACUAAACAGGAGCUUUUGCAUUCUUGCUACACGAGCGAGCACUUGGUGGAGUCGGGAGCCACCGGCGAGACGUUCUUGGUGAGGCUGUACAGGAAAGCCUUCGCCACGAGCCGAAUCGUGAAGAUGAAAACGAAAGAUGUGAUGGUGUUCAAGCUAGACGAAGAAGGAAACGCCGUUUACACUAGAGACAUUGGAUAUCAAAACAUCUGCCUCUCAAGGUCUGAGCCUUUCUGCGCCCCUCCUAGCUGCUUUGUUGGCGAGUACUCCAACCAUGUCGACCUCUUAGAUGUCGACGAAUACGCCUCUGUCCAUCUUCUUGAUUCCUCCAUUGAUAGUUGCAGUUUUUUAUCCCAGACCCCUUAUCACAUUCCUCCUCAGAAUAUGAGUCUUGAGUCUUUAAACCUUGUUUGGAAUUGA